CGUUCUUCUUCCUCUCACUAGCAUGCUCUCUUGGUUUGGUGUUAUCGUCAAUUGGGCUCAGUACCUACUCAAUGGAUCCGACACGCAGUGUGCAGACUCAGACUGUACAGCCUUCUCCCCGCCCCAAUUAGUCGAUCCGACACAUCAAUGCGCGGCAUGCAACAUAAACUUCGUAUCCGCUCAGGCGUUGGCCAACCAGCGGACAAGCUUCCCAGUGCACUAUACGUGCUUACAGUGCAAUCGAGAGUUUGUCUCGCUCGAGGCCCGCAAAGCUCAUUAUACUCAAAGUUCCCAUCAUCAUUACUGUGAAAUAUGCGAUGAGGACUUCGAGAGCGAAGUGAAACUGGACCUGCACUUAGAAAUCUUUCACCUCUACUGUCGAGUAUGCGACGUCUUCUUCCCUUCUCAAAACGACAAAGACGAGAAUCAUGCGUUCAACUCUCACCACUACUGUCCCUCUUGCCCGCGUGGCUUCAAGACGGAGAACGACCUCGUCCAUCAUGUACGAACCCACCUUCCCAAAGCCCUUCCCUGUCCUGGCAAGAAAUGCAAUCGUUCGUUCGCUCUCCCUGCGGACCUGAUUCGUCACAUGGAGUCUGGUGGAUGUCGAUCCCGUGUGACGCGGCACGACAUCGAUAAAGCAGUCAUCGCAUACGACCGCGCGCGCGUUAUCACCGACGUGUCACACUUGCUCCUGGGCUCGGACGGCGAGUACACCACGCCCUCUGCCGCCCAUGUCUGGGCGACAAAUGACUCGUGGAACGGGUCCGCGUUUGAGUGCGUCGUCUGUCACAAGACGUUCCAGCGGCUCGCGCACCUGAACGACCACCUCCAGAGCCCCGCGCAUGCCGACGAAAUUUACAAGUGCCCGGCUGCCUAUGGAGGCUGCGCCGCUCAGUUCGGAACUCUCAGUGCGUUGGUGCAACACGUUGAGAUUGCGACCUGUGGCAUCUCGAAAUUCCAGGGGCAGGUCCAUACCGUCAUGGACAAGAUCACGAGAGGAACGCGCGGCCUUGGGUUCUAGAGGGUCUCUCGCUGAUAUUUAAUUGACAUGGUGUUGUCCUACUUCUCGGAAUCAGGUGCGCGCAUGAUCCUUGAACUCCUUUCAUGGCAUCCUGUCGAAGUUCAUGCGCUGCGUUGCGCAGUUGCAGGGGUACAGGCUCUAGUUCUGACGAGAUUUGUGUACUCGAGAUGUUGUCCUGGAUAUAUCACUGCAAUUUUUUU